UUGGCAGGGGCACGCUCACAGGAAGUCCCGCGGGAGCGCGCUUUUCUGCGCGGGUCACGGCUAUGUCGUCUCGUUAACUGCAGAGAGGAGCGGCUGGGACUGGGGAUAGGUGCUUGAGGAGAAAGUCUAACCGGGAGAACAGACUAGAAAUCGGUUUCCACUACAGUUCGCUCCACCAGGCUCUGGCAGAACUUGCACCUGAAUUUUGGAACAAAGCUUUACUGCUCUUUUACUUACUGCCUACAGCAGCUGUGCAAGAAAGAAGUUGUCCUAAGAAAUUUCACUUGGAGGACAAUGUGGCCUCUUGGAUAAGGUCUACUACAGGCCAGAAGACCAGAUCCUACUACAAGAGAUAAGAGGAGCUGCAUCAAAGUGUACAUCUGGAUUGGAAUGUUACCAUGGAAGGACAGCAUUGCGUAGAAGACCAGAAAAAACCCUUGUGCAAAGUCCCAGGACAGGAAUACCAGAAUGAAAGCCAGAGACACAUGAAUCCGUUCUCCUAUCGCUGCACCUUGGCAGAUUUCAAAAUAGAUAAAAAGAUUGGAAGAGGACAAUUCAGUGAAGUGUACAGAGCCAACUGUCAUUUGGAUAGAAAACCCGUGGCUCUGAAAAAAGUUCAGAUAUUUGAAAUGAUGGAUGCCAAGGCCAGGCAAGACUGUAUAAAAGAAAUUGAUCUCUUGAAGCAAUUGAACCAUCCAAAUGUAAUUAAGUAUUUGGACUCUUUUAUUGAAGACAAUGAAUUGAAUAUUGUUCUGGAGCUGGCAGAUGCUGGAGACCUUUCUCAGAUGAUUAAAUACUUUAAGAAACAGAAGCGUUUAAUUCCAGAGAGGACUAUAUGGAAAUACUUUGUGCAGCUAUGCAGUGCGGUGGAGCAUAUGCAUUCCCGUCGGAUCAUGCACAGAGAUAUAAAGCCUGCCAAUGUGUUUAUAACAGCAACUGGAGUUGUAAAACUAGGAGACCUUGGCCUUGGUCGAUUCUUCAGCUCCAAAACCACCGCAGCGCAUUCCUUGGUGGGAACACCAUAUUACAUGUCCCCAGAGAGGAUACAUGAAAAUGGCUACAACUUCAAGUCUGACAUCUGGUCCUUGGGCUGCCUUCUCUAUGAAAUGGCGGCCCUUCAGAGUCCAUUCUAUGGAGACAAAAUGAACCUGUUUUCUCUGUGUCAGAAGAUAGAGCAGUGUGACUACCCUCCUUUGCCCUCGGAACACUACUCAGAAAAGUUACGCGAGUUGGUCAGCAUGUGCAUUUACCCAGAUCCAGACCAAAGGCCGGAUAUAGUUUAUGUCCACCAGAUAGCGAAGCAGAUGCAUAUGUGGACCGCCAGCACAUGAAAGGCUGAGGAGCUGCCAUCCUCGAGAAUAACUCCUCAUCUCUGCCUUACUUGAAUUACUUCUCAUCAAAGAAGCAAAAUCUCCAGGAACUUUCCCGAAGAGCGGAGUUUUCAUUGCUAUGGUCUGGUUAAACAAGGAUCUAUAGACCAGGCUUCAGGAGACAAUAUUAAUUAAUGGGUUGUAGAUGCCAUGUUACCUACCGUUCUAAGUCCUUUCGAGCAAGUUGUGUGUGUAUAUUGGGUAGAAUGAGAUUAAAAACUGCACAUUCAAAAAAGGAGAGCAUCCGCUAACUCAAAUGUGAACGUUAAAAUAAUUCCUCUGAUGAAUUCUUAUUGGUGUUUAUACGUGCUAGUUUAUUUUUUAGGAUUUGUAGUUUAUAACCCUUUGGGGUUUACCGAGCUCCUCAAAUAAUUAACUCUGAAUUUCCUAUUUAGCUGUAAAUUCUUAAAUGUAUCUUGUUAGUAUUUGUUUAAAAAAAAAAAAAAUCUUAUGCAGCGCUCUAGAUUUUUUUUUAUAUAUAUAUAUAUUUCUUCUUGUCAAGGAAAAGACACACAUAACAUAAAGGAACUUGCUUAAAGAUUAUGCUAUUGAUUUUACAGCGAAAACUGGCACAUCGUGUCAAGAUGUCACUGUAACUUUGCUUUGAAAAAGUAACUUUUAUUUGCUUCCAGCUGAGAAACUUUUGAUGGAUUAUAUCAAACUCCAGGUUAUUACCAACACAGGCGACAGAAGCAGUAUUAACCUUACAAAGACAGUCCAGUAUGGGGGUUCAGAAUAUUACUUUGAUAUUAACUGUGAAAACAUCAUUUUUAAUGUGAAAUAUUGCAUUAUGCCUACAAUUUGAAGGAAAUCGAUGAAGCACACAGUUUUUAACUGAGCAACAUGUUCUUCAAACAUUUUACAGUGAUAUAGUAAAUAUUAUACUGGAAGGUCACUGUAAAAAGCCUCUUAGGACUUGCUGUUACAGUAUAUGAUUCAAGGUGUAAUAUAUGGCUGUCUCAAGAAGGGUAAGAAGAUAAAUACUUUAAUAAACAA